AUGUCGAGAACGCUGUACACGCUGUACGAGGCGCCGACAGGCUACGCCAUCUUCAAGGUUCGCACGACCGAGGAAAUCGGCGCCGAGGACGUUGCGCUGCAGAAAGAGCUGCAGCGCUUCAGCACCUUUUCGCCGUGGGUGAAGCUCGUGUCGUUUGCGCCCUUCGAGUCGCCUGAGAACGCGCUCGAGGACGCGGUGUGCAUCUCCGAGAACCUGAUGAGCACCUUCCUCAACAACUUCCUCACCGCCGCCUUCGCGAAGAAGGUCGCCAAGAACGAGGCGAACUGGGAGCUCGGCGUGCAGGACCCGAAACUGGGCAGCGCCAUCCACGACGAGCUCAACAUCCCGGUCUUGUGCAACGAGACCGUAGCCGAGAUUAGCCGCUGCAUCCGCCUCCACGCUGAGAAGCUGCUGCCGGAGCACAACGAGGGCGAUGUGCCGCGCGCUCAGUGCGGUCUCGGUCAUGCGUUCUCGCGUAACAAGGUCAAGUUUAACGUGCACCGCAGCGAUAACAUGAUCAUCCAGGCGUCGGCGCUGAUGGAGCACAUGGACAAAGGUGUGAACCUGCUGGGCAUGCGGGUGAAGGAGUGGUAUGGCUGGCACUUCCCCGAGCUGGCCAAGGAGGUUCCGGAGCCGCUCAAGUACGCCAAUGUGGCGUUGCUCAUCGGUAACCGCAACUCACUGGAGGAGGCGCCAGAGGAGGAUGUAAAGGCGCAGCUGGGCGACAUCCUCGAGGGCGACGAGGCGCUCGCGGCGCGCGUGUACGAGAAGGCAGUGACGUCGAUGGGCGGCGACAUGGCGGAGGUGGACUGGGACUGCAUCCGGACCUUUGCGAAGCGUGUCGCAUCGCUGGGGCAGUAUCGCGUGGCCCUGGCGCAGUACCUCGUGGACAAGAUGAUGCUGGUGGCCCCGAACCUGACGCAGCUGAUGGGGCAGACCAUUGGCGCGAAGCUCAUCUCCAAGGCCGGCUCUCUCACAAACCUCGCCAAGUCCCCUGCCAGCACGAUCCAGAUCCUGGGUGCCGAGAAGGCGCUCUUCCGCGCCCUCAAGAAGAAGAAGGGCAACACCCCCAAGUACGGCCUCAUCUUCCACUCGUCUUUUAUCCAGCGCGCGUCCAAGGAGAACCGUGGCAAGAUCUCGCGCUACCUCGCCAACAAGGCCGCACUCGCGUGCCGCAUCGACUGCUUCAUGGACGCCCCCCCGACAGUGUUUGGUGAGAAGCUGCGCGAGCAGGUCGAGGCCCGCCUGAACUUCUUUGACACUGGCAACAAGCCCCCGAGCAACAAGGCCGCGAUGGCUGAGGCGCUGGAGCAGUACCAGCGCAUCCUCCGUAAGCGUAACCGCAAGCAGGCGAACGAGGACACCGAGGAGACGCCGAAGAAGAAGAGCCGCAAGGUCGUGGCCGCCUCUGAGUCCGGGUAA